AUGCGAGAAAAUGUUUUUCUCCCUCGGUUUCUCCCGCUGCCUUCAAUCAAGUUAGGGAGAUUGCUAUGCAGCGUGGAUGAUCCUCAGCAAGAUUACGUCGACGCAACCCCGCCUCCCGAUUCUUCUAUCAUAGAGAGACUCGAAACGCACUAUGCGGGCACCGAAAGUCUUGCGAAAAGCCGCGAUUUCACCUCAGACUUGACCUCUUUUCUUUCAACGUCGAUCUCACGGCGGACCGAAACCUCCGUCCACAUUACAGCCAAAGAGGCCAGGACAUACUAUCUUGACAACAAUAGCCAGUGGUUUCGUGGCAUUGUUCAGGAGAAAGAAGUUCGCAAAUGGAUUGAGCGUGUUGUUGACGAGGGCGAGACUAUCUACUUGGUUGUUGGAUACCAUACAGUCCUAAAUGCUCAUGUUGUGGAGACUUCAAAAGAGAGCAACAGUCUUGGUGGAAAUCUGACAUUUCCUGUUUCCGCUGCCUUAGCCGCUACUGGUGUGGUUAUACCGCUGGGGAAUCUGAUUGAUCCCAGUAUUGGUAGCUCUCAUGAACGAUCAAAAGAUCACAGAAGGCAAUCCAUAAUUCAAGGCGAGCAGAUUGUUGCAGUUCAGUAUCGAAGAAUCAAAUUUAAGUUUUUGUCUAGCAAGAGCAUUGACAAAGCAACUCUAGAAAAGGGAACGAGGUGGGAAAGAUACGAUCGUCCCCGAUACCUCCAGGAUGAUGGAGAUGAUGUUGUCGAGGUGGAAUUGGAGGAUGAUCUGGAUCUUGAAGGAGACUGGAUGAGCGAGGCCAUCGGCGAGGAUGAAGUACUAUUCUCAACGAACCUUGCCUUGGAUGCAUGA